CCACGAAGCAGCUGCUAUGUCGACGGACGGGUGCUAACCUACAUUUUAAAGCUACAACCUGUAUGAGAAAUGAUAUUACAUACCACAAGCGAGCUCCGAUUGACAAUAAUGUUUACAUCGGAAGUCAACUUCUACGCACUUCCCUAGCAACAACACUCCUUGACAACAGCUAAUGAACACAAGCUAAAGAAUGGCAGAAAAAGAUGCUGAUAUAGCAUUAUGGGAACAAAUUUGCCAAGAGUUGGAAGCUGAGCAGCCCAGUCCUCCCAAACAGAAGCUGAAGGCAUUAGUGGAUGAUGAUGAUCCGAGGUACACUGACCCUCUUGCUAGUAUUGGUGGCUUGAAAGCUGUUUCUCAUCAGAAGCACGCUAAGACAUCUGGAACUACAUCAUCUCGACAGAAUAAUGAACGGCCGGUCAAGCGGUUCUUGGAGAAAACAGUGUUCCCUAUAUUAUUACCUGGUCUUGAAGCUUUGCUGAGAGAAGCCCAGAAAGCUGAGUGUUUUGAGAGAAAAAUGACCAAAUUUCUCCCCUGUGACUUCCUAACUGAGUGGCUCUACAAUAAUAACCCCCAGAGGCAGGGACAGGAUCCAGUGAACUUUUUUGACAUUCCCUUUGUCAGUGACUGGCUGAAAGAGCAUCCUAGACCUCCCAUCCCUUUGUUUCUACUGCUCAAUGAGGAGCAGGCUGCCCUGAUUGUCCAGUCUUUCUGGAGAGGAUAUAAGGUCAGAGCACGGCCAGAUGUGCAGGAAUUACGCCGAUGGCAAAGGGACCUGAGGGAGAGACGUGACAUUACCACAACGGUAUCACGUUUCUGGGCCCGGCAAGAGAGCAGAGUUGCUACGAUCAAGGCGACGCAUCCAGAGAAACCUGAUGCUGACGGCUCUGUCCCUCGGUUGAACAUGAAUCACAACAACCAGGCGACCCCAGGGCCUGGUGAGUUGCGGACCACCAACCCGGGUGAGGACAUGGAAACAUCCUCAAAAUGACUGAGCAAUAUCCUUACUUUUACACUGAAAGAUAAAAUAACACUUGGACACUUGAGUUAAGUUGUUUGUGUUGUUAUGUAUUUUCUGUGAAAUAAUUAUCUCCUUCUUCUAUGUGUUUUUAUGGUGUUAAAGGGCUAUAAGACUUUGUUACACUGAAGUCAAACUGACCAAAGUAAUCAAUCAAACUUGCUAUACAAAGGCCCACAGGGUCAAACAAGAAUUUAUGAUCUGAUCCAUGUCUAAUCAUUUUAUUGCUCCCAUUGCCUCUUUGACUUAUCACUUCCCUUCAUGCGUCUUACCCAAUAAAUGAAUUCCAUAUAACUUAGUUCCCAUAAUGCUGCCAGAAGGGAAACCUCUUGGAACAGACCUGAUAUUUUCUCUUGGCACCUCCUGCUGAUAUCUCACCAGAGGACAACCGUAUUUCCUCGUUCUGUGUCUUCUUUUUUAUUGCAGCAAUACAUAUAAUAAAAAAGGUCGUAGCUUUUCCAUUCAGGCAGACAAUUAAGGCCGAAGUGAGGAGUGACUUGGCCUUCGCAGCAGCACUUUCUAUCCUGUUUACCAGGAAGAGAAAUGUCCCUAUGAGGGAAUCAGAGAAUGAAAACAAUGUUUUAAACUCCAAAGAUCACAGGUGAAUGAUUGUUAUCUGUAUUACAGAACACAUUAACUAUUAUUCUCCUGAAAUAUUUAUCAUUUUUGCUGUUGUAGCAUGUUGCCCUGCUCAAUAAUAUGUAUUUAACACUAACAGAUGCAUUUAUCAGCAAUCCCUGUGGUGAUCAAGCAUUGUCUCAAUCUUUUCAUGAACUCAUCCUUGAAUGAGUUCAUAAAAUUUGAUUUGCAAAAAUAAAACCCUACGUGAUGCUCAA